UCUUCAAUUCCAUCCUCCAUCCAACAAGUUUGUCACUCAACACUUCAAACAUCAAACAUCAAACAAUUCCUUCCAAAAAUGGGCAAUCAAGAUUUCGAAAAUAACCAAACCCUUUUUUCUGUUCUUAAAGGAGAAGAAUUUCCUACCAGCAAGAUUCUCUCAAGAGAUUCGUCGGUUGGUCAAUCAUCGCGUAUAUACUAUCAAAACACAACCAACGAAGGUGUACCCUUCAAAUGGGAGAUGCAACCAGGAACACCCAAGAAUCCGCCACAAGUAGAGAUCAUCCCGCCACCAACACCACCACCGGCUGUACAAAGCCUAGCCAUUCCUCGGCCUAAACUUGUUGUUAGUGGCUCUAAAGAUUCGUUUUCUUGGAGGUUUUGGUCUUGGAAGAAGUUAAGUAAAAAUCUUAGGCUACAAACAUACGAUCGAAGAGGGCGUCAUACAAGGUUUAAUAAACACGCAACUUACUCUGAUGGAGAUUCCGAUGCUGAGUUUGUAGGAUGGGUUCGUAGUGAUUCAAGAGCUUCAUCAUUUUCAUCUUCAUCUUCCAUCGACAGCUAUACUGAAAGAUUCAGACGAGGGUCACCUUUUCUUUGCAGUCCAUGGAGGACAUGAGAGGAAAAUUUGCAAAAUGUUUGUUUCAUUUGGUAAUGAUUUUUUUAUAAAGUUUCAUCUUUCGGGUAAAAAUUGUAUUUAUUUGUUCAUGUAGAAAUUAGAAAGAUGGUUGUGUUUCGUUACAUUGUAACUGUAUAUGGAUCCAUGUUACUGCAAAACAGCAAGAACAAAGUCCAAUCAAGCUUGAUCAGAAAUGUUUAGGUGUUAAAAGUAUUUAAAUUAACCU